CAGUCGUCUCUUUUAUUUUGGUAGACUAUUAAAGUUUGAAGUUUCUAUAGAACAAGAAACCCUAAAAUGCUUCAAUGUCUCACCUACAGAGAACUAGGACUCAAUCCUUCACAUUACCUUGAAAAAAUAGAGAAAUCAAGGCGAUCAGAGACGCUUUGUUUGAGUCAAAAAGGAGAGUUCGAGCAGAAUCAUAACUGUGGGAUCAAUUCUGUAGAUAUUGACCCCGUAGAAGGACGAUAUCUUUUGUCCUGUAGUUCCAAUGCCAAGAUUCUUAUUCAUGAUACAGCAAUGGUGUAUUAUAAAGAAAAGUUCAAAUGCGACACAGUGGCAAAAGUAGAAGGAGGCUCGAGAAGCAACCAUAAGAAUAGCAUUGAAACGAUUCAAUGGUAUUCUGAAGACACUGGAAUGUUCUUGACAAGCUCCUCUGAUAGAACGCUAAAAGUCUGGGACACAAACGCUUUACAAGUUGUUGAGAGCUUUGGUUUUGAAGGAAUAGUUUACCAUCAUCAGAUUGGAAGGAAUUCAAAGAAACACUGUUUUGUAGCAGUAGGUUGUGAAGAUUCGAGAGUUUAUCUCUGCGAUUUAAACACUGGCUCUUCUACCCAUGUGUUAAGGGGGCACACGAGUGCUGUUCUGUCGGUUGCCUGGUCACCAACAAAUCAGUUUCUCUUAGCAACGGGUAGUCGUGACAACAAAGUGCUCUUUUGGGACAUAAGAAAAGCUAGCGGGAGCUUGUCGACACUUGAUCAGUACAAUGGUAAAGGAGGUUCAAGUACCUUGCAUACCAAAACAGCUCAUAAUGGACAUGUUAAUAGUUUAGUUUUUACUAGUAAUGGAUUGUUUUUAAUGACGUAUGGUACAGACCAUCGUCUUAGAUUAUGGGAUACAUAUUCGGGAAAGAAUACUUUGGUCAAUUACGGCCGUGUUAGUAAUCCUUCACGCAAAUCGAUUCAAUGCGCAAUCACCGAUGGAGUUUCGUCAGACCUUAUCUAUGUCCCAAGUUCUACAAGUAUAAACAUAUUUGACGUCCAUUCAGGAAGAAAGGCGUCUUCUCUCAUUGGUCAUUACAGUAACGUCACAUGUUGUACAUUUCAGCAAAAUUAUCAGGUGUUGUUUAGCGGCUCUAAUGACUGUCAUUUGUUGUCAUGGAUACCAAAUAUGGAGCGAGAUAAACUUGACAUAGGUGGAGAAGGAUUGAUUAAUGAAGUUAAAAGGAAAAGCGAUCCUUUCCAGGAUACGUGGAGCAGUGACGAGGACUAACAAAUUAUGUUAGAGUUUUUUUAAUCACAUCCAAGGCUUAAAAUAACAGCUUGUCAAUCACUAGUCAUUAUCACGAGCCAAAUUAGCUUUAGAUACGUUGUUUUUGGCUCAACAUUACUGGCCAAAAUAACUUGCAAGGAAAAGAAUCAUUUGACAAGACAAGUUCCAAUAAGCCUUUUCAUAGUUUAAGAAUCAAUUCCACUGCGCAUGCGAUUUUAUCCCGAAUUUCUCAUCUUCUUUUGUUUAAUUAAGAACAAAAGAAGGUUUAGACAAAAGGUGAGAAAUUCGGGAUAAAAUCGCAUGCUCAGUGGAAUCGAUUCUUAAACUAUGAAAAGGCUUAUUCUGGCUGUACAUCAUCCUAUGACCGUUAUUUUAAGCCCUGGGCCCAGUUGUAUGAGGGAGGAUAGAGCUGUUAGAUAGAUAGAUCUUAUCCAGUAGAUAAAUUUAUCGGAUAACAGCAUUGUCUUAUCCACUGAAUAAGAACUUAUCCACCAGGGCCCCGUUGUACAAAGCCUGGAUAGCGCUAUCUGAUGGAUAAAUCUUAUCCAGUGGAUAAAUUUAUUGGAUAACUGCAUCGACAUAUCCACUGGAUAUUUAUUUGCCAGAUAGCACUAUCCCGGCUUCGUACAACUGGGCCCAGACAGUGCUAUCCACCCUCUGUAUAAUCAGUCUCAGUUGAUUAACAUCUACAGUGAGUACCAUUAUGUCUAACCUCCUGGGGAUCAGGGAAAAAAAUUGCAAUAAUGGGGGUCCUAGAUAUCCAGGUUAAAAACUUCAUGUCAUGGCAACAAGAAAUUUUCUCUAAGAACCAAACAAUAUAUCAAAACACUCAGAGUUAAAAACUAUUAUCUUUUAUUGGAAAUAAUCUAGUCGUGAAAUGUACAGUAAAUACAUUUCCAUUGACAAAUACAUGACAUAAAAAUGGUUUUAUGGUUGAUGUUCCUUUUACAUGAAAGAGUGAUCCUACUGCUAGGGGGAGCAAUCCCUAGGGACUGGUCAUUAAAUAAACGGGGGUGGGGAGGUUGGAAAAAGGGGGUAAAACUUGAUUUGAAGGUCUGACCUUAGGAGCUCUUUUUUGCUGGCCCGGUAUAAAACGAGGCCAAAAAAAUUGUUUCCAAGCAGGAAAUGCUCAUGAUGUACAGUUUAAUGUACAAAUUCAUAGACAGCCCACCCCUUUUGACAAAUUCAAAAUUGUGUGGGCCACGCACUGUUUUUACCCUCCCUCCCCCCAUUUACUUUAUAAACAGUCCUCUAGCACUAGGGACAAGGCUUUUCAAAAAUACUAGUAAUGUGUAAUGAUGAUUAUAAAAAAGAUGCUGUUUUUAUCGUUGUACUCUUCAUUACUUCUAAUAAAUGUCUAAUCCUAUGA